AUGAGGGCCAAUUUUAUUUAUGAGUUAUGGUUGAUGGGGUCAAACAACAAGGAUUUGCAAAGGCAAGGGAAGAACAACAAGCUGCUGACUCCAAGCCGGUCCUUGAAGGAGACGAGAUCGAGGUUAUACAUAAUAAGGCGAUGCCUGGUGAUGCUGCUCUGUUGGAGAGAGCCUCGUGAGUAAGAAUUUUGUUUGUCAUCAUAUCCUAACACAACAUUGGUAUGUAUGCUACUACGUACUACAGAAGAAGAAGUGUAAAUUGAAACAAGCUAGUAAUUCUCUGCUCCACAGAUGUUACAAGCUAGUAUGGAAGGCGCGCGAACGUAUCAACGCAGAUGUUACAAAAACCGUCAGCAUUAUAUAAGAAAGCCGUGGAGGACAACAAAAGUAUAGCGUGUGAUAUAUAAACACUUACCGUGAAGAUGUACAAUUGAUGGUGGGCAUUUCCAUGCGUAGUUAUCAUGUUUUUAUUAAACUUUUUUUUCCACUAUAUAUAUGAAAGGAAUCAAAGAGUAGUGACUCUUUAUGCUCUCUCUAAGUUAGUCAGUCUAGAUAUAAUCAAUCAAGGAACAAUAUUCAACAACUAUGUUUAUGUGUAUAUGAAUGUAAGAAGUAGUGACUCUAAUUAGCCUAAUUACUAAUAA